AUGCCCUUGCUCGUUCUCUCAAUUGGUUUUUCUUUCUCUCUCGCGCACUUGCUUUCUCUCCUCCCUACAAACCUCCAUCGCCCCACUCGCUUCCCUCUUCUCCCCAUCGUCUUUCUCUUCCCUCCUCCCCCCAUCACCCCCUCUCUUCCCUCCUCCGCCCAUCACCCCCUCUCUUCCCUCCUCCCCCCAUCAACCCCUCUCUACCCUCCUCCCCCCAUCAACCCCUCUCUACCCUCCUCCCCCCAUCAACCCCUCUCUACCCUCCUCCCCCCAUCACCCCCUCUCUUCCCCCCUCCACCCACCGCCCUCUCCCUUCCCCUUCCUCCCCCAGCCUUUCCCUCCACGUGCUGUCCCUCCAGUCACCUGGCAACUGCAUCUCUGUUCAUCCGCUACCUACCGCUGCCACGCCUGUAUCUCGUUCUGAGACGUCUCAAAACCUCUCUUUCUCUUCACUCCUUCAGGUACCUCGCCUUUGCACCUCUGCUCAACUGCUCUCUGCUGCUGCCACUGGUGCCUCCCACCUCUCCUGGUGGUGCUCCACCAUGGGCUCAGGCAAGGGAGCCACGUAGACAAGCUCUGCUGGCUCUUCCGUUGCUAAACCCUCCUCCCCCUCCUCUCUCCCCUGCCUCUCCAGGUGUUUUAUCAGGAGCACCGCUAGAGUGGAUGGACCUGGGAGUGGCUUUAGACGUGGCAGGCCUACAGCAGUGUGUGGGGCAGGGGCGAGUGGUCACUGUGGACGCAUACCUCAGAGGCGAGGGGCGGUUCAUUCGCGAUGCGCCGUGGGUGAAGCUGUUACCUCAUGGUGAUGAUGAUGGUGGCGUUGAUACAGAUGAUUUUACCACCGGUGGCAGUAACAGUGGUGAUAAUUCCAGCACCACCAGCACUGGCACUAGCACCGGUGGUGGUAUCAAUAAUGAAGAUACUAACAAUGGUGGUGGUGCUGCUAGCGAGGCCAAUAUCAACGACCCGGCACAUCUCGCCCGCGUCUGUACAGCAGCCCCCAUCCCCGCCUCCAACGUCACUCUCCGCCAGUUCCUCUCCUUCUUUGGCGCUCGCACAGAGCAAGUCAUUGGGCUGGGAGACGUGUUUGAGGUUACAGGGAGCGUGGAUGUGGGACAGGUGGGAGAGACGGGGGAAGAUCUGGGGGGAGUGGGAGGAUCGCUGACAGAUUCGCUGGUGGAAGGUCACUAUGAUGGUGUCAACGGCGCUCGAGAUGCUCGAGCACGUUUGCUAGCCGAUAAGCUGCUGGAAGGUCAUGCCAGCAGUGACGGUCUGCCUGGUCUCUACGAUGGUCUCAAUGGUGCCGUCCCCAUCCUGCCGCCCUGCCGCCUCGCCAUGCGUCCGCACCCCGCCGCCCUCUCCGCCGCCCACGCGUUCACGCGGCGUGUGCUCGGCACACGCUUCGCCGCCCUGCACCUGCGGCGGACGGAUUUCGCGACGCACUGCUUGAGGCCGGGCUUCCGGUGCUGGUUACCGCUGUCGCAGAUCGCCCGAUGUGUGGCUGAUCGGAUCAAUGCCCUCAAUGCUGCUGCUGGUGUUGCUGGUGCUACUGCUGCUUCUGGUGGUGGUUCUGCUGCUGCUGUGGCUGUUGCUGCUGGAGUGAAGGAGGGGGCAGCAUCAAGUGGGAUGGAACAGCACCAAACUGUGCGGACUCUCUUCGUCGCCACAGAUACAACCGACCAGGAGCUUCGCUGCUCAAACACAUCGCACCUGUCCAUUCUCCCCGUUCCCUCUUCCAUCCCUCCUCAGGAGCUCUGCUGGUUCACCCAGAUGCUCAAAUCCUUAGUGUGGGGCGAGAUAACCGUAAUUCAGUACCCACACUCCAAGUCAGCUGCGCCAGGAGCAGCAGAGUUGCAGGUAGCGGGCAUCAUAGCCCACAGCAGCACGAGGGGCACGGUGGAGAAGAUGGUGUGUGUGCAUGCGCUCGUGUUCUGGGGCACCCCGCGGUCGACCUGGAGCAAGGAUGUGUUAAGGAUGAGGGGGGCACUGGGGGUGGAGCAUUGUGGGGAUGACUGGGUGUGUGGAGGCGAGGAGACGGAGGACUUGCGGGUGAGGGAACUCAAUAAGUGGAUGAAUGCAUGA